UCCAUCAAAAUAACUACCGUUUUUAAUUAACUUUCCUCAAAAGCUGUAUGAAAUGCAUGUGCUACCUAUUUGUUUUGCAUGCCCUUUCAUAUAUAUAUAUAUAUAUAUAUAUAUACACACAUAUAUAUGUAUAUAUGAAAAAAAAAUAGUACAUUACAUUUUUAAAGCGUAAGAACUAACUAGCUAAGAUAGAAAGCUGACGUCUUCUAGCUAGUCUUCCUUUCUUUUCUCUCCAAGGAGAAAGAAUAUGCUUUCAACUUAUUACUGUAGUUUGAUAGAUCACCUAAAACCACAACCCUUUUGGAUCCUUUUCCUCUUCUCCAUUGGUCUCAUUUCCAUCUUCAAGAACUCCAUCCUCAUAGCCAAAUGGAUCUUCACAACACUGUUGAGACCUCCCAAAAACCUCAAGAAAGACUAUGGUUCAUGGGCACUCAUCACGGGAUCAACCGAUGGUAUAGGAAAAGCCAUGGCUUAUGAGCUAGCUAAAAAAGGCCUCAACUUAAUCUUAAUCAGUAGGAACUCCCAAAGACUCGAACAAGUCUCCAACCAAAUCCAAUCCCUCUUCCCAAACAUCCACAUCAAGAUUCUUGCCCUAGAUUUCUCGUUAAUGGAUGACAAUCGUUGUUAUGUUAGGAUUCAGGGUGCGAUCAAGGAAUUGGAUGUUGGGUUGUUGGUUAACAACGUUGGGGUUACAUAUUCAUCGGGGGCGAAAUUUUUCCAUGAGGUGGAGAAAGAGGAUUGGAUGAAUGUUGUGAGGGUGAACUUGAAGGCUACAACGUUGGUUACUAGAGCAGUUGUAGAAGGAAUGAUAAAAAGAAAGAGAGGUUCAAUAGUUAAUAUUGGUUCUGGAGCUGCCAUUGUUGUGCCUUCUCAUCCCCUUUAUGCUGUUUAUGCCGCAACUAAAGCGUACGUUGAUCAGUUGUCCAGAAGCUUGUAUGUGGAAUAUGGAAGUUGGGGAAUUCAUGUUCAAUGUCAGGUGCCAUUGUAUGUAUCGACGAAGAUGGCAUCAAGAGUGGCUAAGAUUCAGAAAUCUUCAUUUUUCGUGCCAAACGCUGAGAGUUACGCAAAAGCAGCCGUGAAUCGAAUUGGGUAUGAAGUAAGGUGUACUCCCUGGUGGACUCAUUCUCUGCAGUGGACUUUUGCCUCAUUUCUCCCUCAGUCUCUUCUUGAUCAUUGGCGUUUAUCCAUCGGGAUUUCUCGGAGAAGGGACCUUCAAAAGAAUUGACUCCAAAAGGAAUAUUGCUUGAUUAAUACUAAUUGUUUGUUUGGGAGCAGGUUAGAUUGGCUGGAGUAUAAUGUUGUACGGGUAUUGCACUUUUUAUAGUGUGUUUUCGUGUUGAUCUCAUUGUUUUUUAUUACUCCUUCCGUCUCAUAAUUAUUGUUCAGUUUGGGUUUUCAUUUCUAGUUCAAAUUGUACUAAAAGUGAAAUUUCAAACUGAACAAUAAUUAUGGGACGCAAGGAGUACUUUUUUGUAUCACCUUAUUGAACUAUCAGGAAAAAAAGAAUUGGUUGGGACCUGGGAGGACACAAAGAAAGGUGAAAAAUGUAACAGCUGUUCAACAUUUGGGAUCAUAAGUGUAUUAUUAAUUCCGCUCACACAAC